GAGAAUAUAGAGGAGCUUUUAGUGAAAAUGAAGAAAAAUUGGUUUAUUUGGAAAUCCGAAAGGGAAUUUAAAAUUCUUCAUGAACACGAUCUUCAAGGUAGAAAGUUCAUCAUCACAUUUUUGGUUGUUAUUUGCACAUGUUGGUUUGAAUUUCUUUUAGAACCACUAUGUCCAUUAAUUAUGGAUAUCAUAAUGCCAUUAAAUCAGUCUCGUUCAAGAAAAUUCAACCCAGUGGUAGAAUAUUUUGUAAAUCAAGACGACCAUUACUUUUGGAUCACACUACAUACUUGUCAUACUAAUACAGUAAUGAUUACAAUUAUUUUUAGUACAGAUGCAAUAUUUUUGGCUUUUCUCUAUCAUGCAUGUGGUGUAUUUGCAACAUUAGGUUAUAAAUUGAAAAAUAUCGGCAUAAAAAACUGCAAUGAACGAAAUAAAAUGCGAGAGAUUAAAUUUUGCGCUGAAGUGCAUGACUCACUUUUAUCAUUUGUAACCCGUAUCAGCAAAUGUUUUUCAACUUUAUAUUUCAUUGUCGUAUGGUGUACUAUAAUUUUAAUUAUUACUUUUGGAGUUCAGUUAAUGACGCAUUUGGAGCAACUAAAAAUUGAAAACGUACACUUGAGAUUGAUAUUUGGUCAUCUAUUUCACGUUUUCUGUAUAAAUUACUCCUGUCAACGUUUAACAGACCAUAGUUUUCAACUAUUUAGAAACAUGUAA